UUGGAGGAAGAGAAUUAAAAAAUGCACAAUUACACAUCUGAGUUUCUUCUUUUGGAAUUCUCAAAGAUUUGGGAGAUACAAAUUAUAUAUGGAGCUUUAUUACUGAUACUGUAUUCAAUGACAUUAACAGGGAAUCUUCUAAUCAUCAUUGCAAUUUUUUUUGACCACCAUCUUCACAUCCCCAUGUACUUCUUCCUGAUGAAUUUAGCUAUACAAGACAUUGGUUCAGUUUCAGUCAUUAUUCCCAAAGCCAUUUUUAAUUUGCUUACAAAUACAAGGCACAUUUGUUACUCAGGAUGUGUAACUCAAGUCCUCAUGUUUGUUUUCUUUGUGGGCUCUGACAUUGCUGUCCUGACUCUCAUGGCCUAUGAUCGGUAUGUUGCCAUCUGCAAUCCUUUACAAUAUGAAAUAAUAAUGAAUAGGACAGCCUGCACCAAAAUGAUUAAUUGUGUAUGGAUCGCCAGUUUUUUCAACUGUGUAUUGAACACUGUUGGAACAUUCACUACCCCUUUCUGCUCUCAUAUUAUCAAUCAGUUCUAUUGUGAAAUCCCACAUUUACUAAAGAUUGCAUGCAAUGGAUCAUACAAAACUGAAACUGAAGUUGUAUUGUUCAGUUCUACAUUAGGAUUCGGUUGUUUCAUAUUUAUUGUCAUUACCUAUGUGAAGAUUUUUGCUGCUGUUCUAAACAUUCCGUCAGUUCAGGGAAGGAAAAAGACAUUCUCCACUUGUCUACCACACCUCACUGUCUUUUCCAUAUUUUUGUUUACUGCCUACUUUGCUUAUCUAAGGCCCAUAUCUGACAAUCCUUCAAACCUUGAUUUUGUAAUUACAGUAAUGUAUUCUGUUGUGCCCUCCACGCUAAAUCCAUUAAUCUACAGUUUGAGAAAUAAGGAUAUCAAAGUUGCUCUUUCAAGAUUUCUUAGCCUGAGAGCAUUUUUUAAAAGAACUAAUAAAUGA